UGAGCUUUGAGGGCGCAUCGGGAGGAGAAAACGCGAGGUGAAGGGGAGGAGGAACGUAGAAAUCUUCUUAACGACAGGCUCCCCACCUCCGGGAAACAAAACACGCCGCGCGAGCUGUAGAGGAACACACGGGGUCUAUCUGUCAACCGCGCGCGCAGCUGGACUGUUAGCUUAAAACGCAUUUUCCCACCACGAAGUUUACUCAUUUUUACGAUACUUUACGACAACUUGAGCUGUCUGUUUUCAGUGCUUCUUCGCUGGUUACGCGGGACACUUGCGCAGAGGCGUGCGGGCAUGGAGGCGCUACAGCUGUGAGAGACGCGCGGAUUUCCCUGCGAUAUUUCACUGUCAAUAAUGGACAGUUGAUGGCUUUAAAAAACUCUGACUGACUCGAGUGGGAAAGGAUCAAGUGGACGAAGCCUUGUGACGAGGGGUAGAAGGUCUUCUCUUGCCUCACUUCUAGGACCUACUACAUUAUCACUGCAGGGCAGUUUCACAAGGAAGAAGUGUCAUGGCUGCCUACGGACAGACUCAGUACAGCCCUUCGAUCCAGCCGGCAGGACCCUACGCACCCUACACCCACCACGCACAAAGUUACAGCGUUCCAUCCUACAAUAUCAAAACAGAAGAUGGUCUGAGCCACUCUCCAGGACAGACAGGCCUUCUGGGAUACUCAAACUUCAGCAGCACUCCUCCUAGCCAAAGUCUCUACAGCUACUCGCAUACUCAUGGUGGUGGCAUCUCAUCAGGAAUUUUCCAAGGCAGCCACACGCUUUCCAGUUCAGCGCCAUUUAACCCCACCCAGCAAGAUUUUUCUGCAUAUUCCAGCUACAGUCAAGGCCAGUACUCGUCGUAUUACAACUCACACUACAACAGUCCAUAUCUAACCAGUAGCAACAUCAGUCCCGGCGCCAUCACAGCUCCAGUGGCCUAUCAGCAUCCAGAGCACUCCGUCAUGCUGCCCAAUCACAGCCCAGAGUCGCACACAGGAGAGUACCACACACCCCCAAGCCCCCCUACCCCGGGCAAAGAGGAGGGCGUCCCUGCGAGAAGAGCCCAGGAUGGGAAGCUGCGGGGAAGGAAGAGAGUGAAUGACCCUGCGCCUCCUCUGGACUCGGACAUCGAGAGGGUGUUUAUCUGGGACCUGGAUGAAACCAUCAUCAUUUUCCACUCGCUCCUCACGGGAACCUUCUCCUCACGAUUUGGCAAGGAUUCAUCGCGUGCCGUAUCACUUGGUUUGUGGAUGGAGGAGAUGAUUUUCAAUUUGGCUGACUCCAGACUCUUCUUCAAUGACCUAGAGGAAUGCGACCAAGUCCACAUCGAUGACGUGGCUUCAGACGACAAUGGACAAGACCUAAGCACUUAUAACUUUGGUUCGGAUGGCUUCCAGACCCCCGCGGGGGCUGGCUCUCUUUGCCUGGGGUCGGGGGUCCAUGGGGGAGUGGACUGGAUGAGGAAACUGGCCUUUAGGUACCGCCGGGUCAAGGAGAUCUACAACACAUACAAGAAUAAUGUCGGAGGUUUACUGGGCAGUCCAAAGAGGGAGGAGUGGCUCCAGCUGAGGAGAGAGAUGGAGGUGCUCACCGACCUGUGGCUCACUCAAGCACUUAAAGCUCUGGCUCUUAUCAACUCCAGGCCGAACUGUGUCAAUGUUUUGGUGACCACCACACAACUCAUCCCAGCCCUGUCAAAAGUCUUACUGUACGGCUUGGGCUCCGCAUUUCCCAUUGAGAAUAUAUAUAGUGCCACUAAAACAGGUAAAGAGAGUUGUUUCGAGCGUAUCUCCCAGCGGUUUGGGCGGAGGGCAGUGUACGUUGUCAUUGGAGACGGAGCGGAGGAGGAAACCGUGGCCAAAAAGAAAAACAUGCCUUUCUGGAGAGUUUCUUGUCGGGCUGAUCUGGAAGCACUGAGUCAUGCACUAGAGUUGGACUACCUCUAGAGGGCGCCACAGUAUCACACGUUCUUCAAUUUCAGCUUCUGUACGCAGCUAGUGGAUGGGAAGUUGCCACUACAGACUUACUUCAGUUACAAGACUUGACCCAAUCAAAGGGACCCUGAGUGGAUGAAUUUGGGAUAUAAAUGCAACCAACAAUGUUCAUCUGAAAAUCGAAGCACAAAAGUUGGACCAAAACUACAAGGGACCAGAGCUUCAAUACCGAACUUAAAAUUGUAAUUAUAUUUGUCAGGGUUUUUCUUGUACUAUUUUUCUUUUUUUUUUGUACAUAACAUAUUGAUGCACUGAACAACACCCGUUUUGAGCAGGAGUUAAAAUAUCAUUUGAUAAAAUUACAUGAAUUAUCCUAGGCCAAAAAGAAAAUCUUGAAAACCAACUCUACAUGAUAACUGUGAUUUGAUUGAUUAUAAUUGCGUUGACCAUUUAAAACAUUAACAAAAUUAACAAAAACGUCAUGAUAGACAUAGCCACUAUUAAGUCCCUAUAGUUAGAGGCUAUAAAAAUAGUUUUAUAAUAAUAUGACCUAUUUAUUGUUGAGUUUGCAGCAUUUCCUAAGGACCCAAAACAUGCUCUUGUAAUAUGUCUCCAAAAUGCUGUGUAUUGGCUGGGGCUGGAAUACGUGGGUUGUAUGUCGUUUUGUUUUGAUUUUCUUUACUUUAAUUGUCGCCUGUCAUUUUCCUAAUCUCUUGUUUUGUAAAAUAGACUGGUAUGAGAGUGCAUGUGCUGAGUCCACUUCAGUCAGAUUAGUAAUGAUAUGUAUAUAAUGCUUUAUUGUUGAUUUAUUUUUAGAUUAAUACGAAUAAAUUAAGUGCAUUG